AUGUCCGGUGACGAUUUCAGUUCCAGUAAUGGAAGCGGAGACUCUAAGUCAAUUCGUGGGUACGAAGACGAUGACGAAAAAACCUUGCUUAAUGGUGGAGCUCCACGCCCAAAUACUGUGACUUAUAUGCCGGAAGAUGGAUCAUUUACCAAUGAUUCUAGUACAUUGUUUGAUGGCGAUGGAUCUACUUCAAAAAACAUCAGAAAGUUCGCCAAUGGUGGCAGUGCUGGAUUCAGCAAGGCUAGCGAUAUGGAUCCUUCCAUCCAGCAGCUUCGUUACAACGAAAAUAGAAUAUCUUUGGAUCGUGCUAUAAACCAAUCGAUUGAAUUGCUUGGCGAGUUAUCAGGUGAAAACAAGCAAAGACCUAUAUUUUACCCUGCUAAUACUGAAGAUGACAAUAACAAUUUAUUGUUGAACAGCAGAAGAGCACAUUUGGCGCUAGUAAGGGACAAGGAAAGCAAAGUGAAGUUGGAAAAGAAAAAGAUCUUAGAUCAAGACGAAGACGAAGAAGAAGAUGAUGCCACUACCGCUUCUAGCUUCAAAAUUAUCAAGCUCCAACUUAAGUUCGGCCACUCCUCAUCGCCAAACUCUGUAGUCUUUGAUAAGCAAACUGUAUCUAAAUUGCUUGAUCAGCAAUUUCAAUCUCAGGUGAAAUACUUGUUGAAUUUAAAGGAUAGAGUGGAUGAUACAUCCUCUAAAGUAUUUGUUACUGGUGAUUUGAACGCCGGAAAAUCUACAUUUUGUAAUUCUCUUUUGAGAAGAAAGGUUUUGCCCGAGGAUCAACAACCAUGUACUAGUGUUUUCUGUGAGGUAAUAGAUGCAACUAGGGAAAACAGAGGAAUUGAGGAAGUACAUGCAAUCCCCAUUGGACAACUGAAGGAAUACAGUACCACUGAUGAAUCCACCUUCGAGGCUUUUCAGCUUAAGGAUUUAGAAACCCUCGUGUAUGAAUGCGAUAAAUAUGCCCUCUUGAAGGUGUAUGUGAUCGAUCGUAGGUCCGCCGAGAUGAGUUUAUUAAGGAAUGGUAUCAUCGAUGUAAAGUUGAUUGAUGCUCCAGGUUUAAACAUGGAUCUGUACCAAACAACUCAAGUGUUCUCCAGGCAAGAAGAAAUUGACUUGGUUGUGUUUGUAGUAAACAGUGAAAAUCAUUUCACAUUAUCAGCCAAAGAAUUCAUUGGAGCAGCUGCCGCAGAAAAGAGAUAUGUUUUCAUUGUGGUGAACAAAUUUGAUCAUAUCAAGAACAAAGAAAAGUGUAAAGAGAAAAUUUUAGAUCAAGUUAAGGGAUUGAGUCCAGAUAGUUACAAAAACUCUAAUGAGUUUGUUCAUUUUGUGAAUAGCGAGUUAGACUAUCCAGGUGAUGAUGACGGUGACGAUGGUAAUGACGAUGAUAACGACGAAGAUGAUAACAAUGAAGGUCGUUUUGAUCAUCUUGAAGCAUCUCUCCGUAAGUUCUUACUUGAAAAAAGAUCCAUUUCAAAACUCCUCCCAGCUAAAAGUUAUCUUUUGAACUUACUUAAUGACUUAGAGACUCUUUCCAAUUUAAAUGGUAAGGUUUAUUCUCAAGAAUUAAAAGUAUUGUCUAAAAAAUUACAAUCCCAAAUUAUUCCUUCCUAUGAUAGCAUUUUACUCAAAUCAUCCAAGAUCAAUGAAUCAGUAAACAACUCAAUUGAAAAUCUCUGCACCGAUAUAUAUGAUUCUUCGAAGAAAGAAAUCCAAGAGACUAUUUACAAGUUUGGUGAUAAACAAUGUGUACCAUAUAUGGGAUUACAAUACUUAUAUGAGUAUGCAGUAGCUACCCAGAGAGCAAUGAUUGAUACGGUGGUAUCCUCAGUUGAGUACUGUGAGGGCCAAGCUAAAUUCAAGACGGCGUCUAAAGUUGAUGAAGUUAUUAAGGUUGGGCAAUCUACCCUUGGUGAUGAAUUUUUAAAUGAUAAAGUUUUUAAGUCUGACUUGAUGUUUACUAGGAAAAGUCAUCAGUUGAGCUCACAGCUUGAUGUACUGAUUGAAGUUGGUGAUUUCUUUGAUCCAUCGUUCGAAUCAUUCGUUUUGUGGCUCGGAAUUCCGGAAGACUUGGUUGAAACUGCAAACUCACAGAUGGCAUAUUUCAAUCCAUUUACAUUUGUCCAUUCGCUUACAUCAACCGCUGUGUCAAUCAAGCAACAAAUCCCAACUCAGUUAACAUUACAGACACUCUACUCAUCUACAAAGUUGCUCACUGCUGGAGCUUUAGCUCAAAAAGCGUACACCGCUACUCAUUACAUCCUGACUGAUGUUCUCAGAAAGGUUGCAUUACCAGUUGUGUUAGGUAUUGGUGGAAUUUCGAUAGUGUAUCUCAUCACUGACGUCCCUAAUGCAUUUCCAAGGAAACAAGCAAGAAAAUUGAGAAAACAAUUGAUUGAAUUCGACUACCCACAUGUGAACGCAUACAGAAUUUCUCAAGAAUGCAGACAAGUUUUAAACUAUCCUGCUAGACAAGUGAUGACCAAUUUCCAGACUUCAAUUGACAAAAGGUCUGUUGAAAAAGAAAAAAUUGAAAAAUCAAUUGCAGAUGCUGAAAUCAGCUUUGGAUACUUCCAAGCACUUUUAAAUAAGAUCCAGUAUCAAAAGAAAAUCGUCGAAGAAAUUGACUUGGAAAGUGUCAAUUUAGUAGAUUAG